AUGGGGAUACAUCCCGCAUGCUCAUACAGGCGUUUACCGUCAUCAUCAGCCACAUGUUUUAAUGGAUUUUCCGCUGAACAGGGAAUGUCCAUCGGCAUGAUACCGUCACACCCUGCCGUUCCUGUGCCAGUUAAGUCCGGCAUCCAGGGAACAAGCCUCGGCCGUCUUUGUAACGAACAAUCCACCCUUCUAAAGUCACUAAAUGAACUUGACGGAAAAGAUUCUCUCGCCGAUCUUCGAGAAGACACCAACUUUGUGUCGAUUGAAAACUGUCACGAGAAACGAAGACGAACGCGAACGAAUUUUAACGGGUGGCAGCUGGAGGAGUUGGAAAAGGCGUUCGAGGCUAGUCACUACCCCGAUGUCUUCAUGCGGGAAGCCUUGGCGAUGAGAUUAGAUCUUGUGGAAUCCAGAGUUCAGGUUUGGUUCCAGAAUAGAAGGGCUAAGUGGAGGAAGAAAGAGAACACGAAGAAAGGGCCUGGUAGACCUGCCCACAACGCACACCCCCAAACCUGUAGCGGUGAUCCGAUCCCGCCAGAAGAGGUCAAAAAGCGCGAGUCAGACAGACGGGAAAAGAAACUCCGGAAGCAAUUGGAGCGGCUGACGAAAAGGCUAGAGCACGCAAAACUAAAACCUGGACUGAGUAUAGUGAGUUUAACGGAAUCAAUACGGCAGACACUGAGGGAACUCGAACAGGUCAGCUCCUCCAAGAAACUGAGAAAUUUAGUUAACCUGAAAAUCGUCAGUGCUCUUGGAUUCCAUAUUUAUGACGAGCAACCUGACAAAAAUGGCGUGAAAAAACGAGAACUGGAAAAUGUUAUCGAUAACACAGAGGGCAAUACCGACACGUGUCACUCGGAUUCGUCACGUGAUUCUCGUCUCACGAGCUCUCCGAAACCACUGUGCUCCUUUAGUAUCAAGGAUAUACUUUCGGACAAAAGGGGCCGAAGUUAUGGGAGGAAAGAACCCCUAAGUGUGAAGUCUUUUAGUGAUUUAGUGAAUCAACCGACAGGCAUUUCAACCAACGACAACGUUUUUCCAAACAGUAGAGAUGACAGCGGUAGCGACAGCAGUGCUACCACUUUUCUCUAG